AUGUAUCGACUUGCCAACCGUAAAAUUGCCUCCAAGGGAUUGCCUCUAUGGAACAAGUGCACGGGGAUGCCACUUCGUGCUGCCAGCCAAAAAGUACAAGGCCAAGUGAUUGGUAUCGAUCUUGGCACGACAAACAGUUGCGUGUCAGUCAUGGAAGGCAAAACACCACGCGUGAUUGAAAAUUCAGAAGGUGGCCGUACAACACCCUCUGUGGUUGCUUUUACAAAGGAUGGUGAACGACUGGUGGGUCUACCAGCAAAACGUCAAGCUGUCGUCAAUCCUGAAAACACACUAUUUGCCACCAAACGAUUGAUAGGUCGACGUUUUACGGAUGAGGAAGUGCAGCGUGAUAUCAAGGCUGUACCCUAUAAAAUUGUGGCACACUCCAAUGGUGAUGCAUGGGUGGAAGCACACGGUCAAAAAUACAGCCCAUCCCAGAUUGGUGCAUUCGUAGUGGGCAAAAUGAAGGAGACGGCUGAGAAUUACUUGGGCAAAAAAGUCCAAAAUGGAGUCGUCACUGUGCCGGCUUACUUUAAUGACUCUCAACGUCAAGCUACCAAGGAUGCUGGUACCAUUGCCGGUCUCAACGUACUGCGUGUGAUCAAUGAACCCACUGCAGCAGCACUUGCCUAUGGCCUUGACCGAGACAAGGUGGGCGACAAGGCUGUGGCCGUCUUUGACUUGGGUGGUGGCACUUUUGAUAUCUCCAUCCUUGAGAUCCAAUCAGGUGUAUUUGAAGUCAAGAGUACAAAUGGUGAUACCCAUCUUGGUGGUGAAGAUUUCGAUAUUACGUUGGUGCGAUGGAUGGUGGAUGAAUUCAAAAAGGAGUCUGGCAUUGACCUUGGUGCCGAUCGUAUGGCUGUGCAACGUAUUCGUGAAGCUGCUGAAAAGGCCAAGAUUGAAUUGUCAUCCACCGUGCAAACCGAAAUCAAUUUGCCCUUCAUCACAGCAGAUGCUUCAGGACCCAAGCAUAUCAACUACAAGUUGACACGCUCCAAGUUUGAAGCCUUGGUUAAGCCACUUGUGGAUCGUACCGUGGACCCCUGUAAGAAAGCGUUGCGUGACGCUGGUGCUCAACCUAGCGAAAUUGGUGAAGUUAUUCUCGUGGGUGGUAUGUCUCGUAUGCCCAAGGUCCAAGAAACCGUAAAGUCUAUUUUUGGUCGUGAACCUACCAAGAGCGUGAAUCCCGAUGAAGCCGUAGCCAUUGGUGCAGCCAUCCAAGGUGGUGUCCUUGCUGGCAGUGUCACUGAUUUAUUGCUAUUGGAUGUCACACCAUUGUCGCUUGGUAUCGAAACAUUAGGUGGUGUGUUUACUCGCUUGAUCAACCGAAACACCACCAUCCCAACAAAGAAAUCCCAAAUCUUCUCCACUGCUGCUGAUGGCCAGAAUGCUGUGGACAUCAAGGUGUAUCAAGGUGAACGUGAACUUGUUCGUGACAACAAGUUGCUUGGUAACUUCCAAUUGACCGGCAUUCCUCCUGCUCCUCGUGGUGUACCUCAAAUCGAAGUGCAAUUUGACAUUGACGCUGAUGGUAUUGUCAAUGUUGGCGCCAAGGACAAGGCUACCGGCAAAGAUCAAUCAAUGACCAUUGCUGCCUCCUCGGGUCUUUCCGAAGAAGAAAUUGAAAACAUGGUCAAGCAAGCCGAGAUGAAUGCUGAACAAGAUCGUCAACGUCGCGAUACAAUUGAAAUGGCCAAUCGUGCUGAUUCUGUUGUGGGUGAUACCGAAAAGGCAUUGAAUGAUUUCAAGGACCAGUUGGAUUCUGCCGAGGCCGACAAGCUUAGAAAUCAAUUGCAAACUUUGCGUGAAGAAGCUGCCAAGGCUCAAUCGGGUGAUGCUGCUGUCAACCCUGAAGAGCUCAAGGCUAAGAUCGAUGAGCUUCAACAAAGCAGCUUGAAGCUUUUCGAAAUGGUCUACAAGCAGCGUGCUGCUCAAGGUGAUAGCGGCUCCGGUGAUGCUGGUAGCAGCAGCGGCGGUAGCACAGGCAACACCACUGAAGGCGAAUUCCGAGAUGUCAAUGACGACAAGGAUAAGAAAUAG